AUGGAAACUGUUUUGGGAGUCCCAAAAUUAAAAAUAUCAACUGCGAGACCGCGAACACAGUGCGGAAUAGACAAUUCACCAAUAUCUGUAGUUUACGAAGGCUUUGGCAUAAUCGAAACAUAUCCCUGGCUGGGAACACUGGUUUAUCCUAGAGGUGACAAAUUACUAUCGAUAGCAGUGGUGUUGGUGUCAAAACAAAUGGCUGUCGGACCCGCGAUGGACAUAGAUAAAGUGCCUAAGAUCGAUUUCAGAUCGCGAUCACGAGUCAUACUGGGUACAAACUGCAGCGGUCCAGCACUUCGGGUAAUCAAUUAUUCGUUUCAUCCAGACUAUGCGAAGUCUACCUUCAGUGCACCAACCAUCAUACAAUUGGCCUUUAAUCGUAGAUUGGCAGGAUUUCGACCAAUAUGCGCACCGCCGCUCGCGUUAAAUAAUGCACAGUUCUACGCCAUGACACUCUCAAAUGAUUGCCAUAGAUCGAGAAUAAUGGUGUAUAAGAUGGCGUACGUGAAACCAGGAGAAUGUCAGGAGUUUUAUACUAAAUCUGAGUUAGACAUAGAAAGCAUUUGGCCAAGUCACGUUCUUUGCGCUAGAGCGAUGUCCGGUAAAGAGUGCAUAUGGCGUAGUGGCACUAUAUUGACUGUUCGACAAGACGGGCAAUGGAGUUUGGUUGGUAUCGGAGUAAUGGGACCAGGCUGUAAGGCACCAUCAAGAUUUAUUGACUACACUGUGUAUCAUUUAUGGGUUAGGAACAGUAUCUUAAGAAUCGGCAGACCAUCUGUUACCAAAAUAGCUGAUAACAAUAUUGUGUUAAGACGAAGUCUGUCAAGUGUACAAAGAUUCGGACCAUGUGACCCGGAAGAAACUAAAGCUGUGUUGUUCACUGAUAGAACAUCAAUAGAUCAAUAUAUUCCCAGGAAACAAAACAGAGUCAGUUAUAACUUUACAGUAUUCGCAAACGUUGACUAUUCGUGCGUUGUAUUCUACGUUCGAAACCGCACUCCAAAAAGGAAAGAAUUGCCCAAAAUAUUUCUCCGCCGCUGGUGUACUUCCGAAAGGCCAGUGUGCUACGGUAUGAGCUAUCUACAAGUGGACUUUUAUCUAGAAAUAUUCUUUAUUGAGUCAAUCGUUUAUAAUAUAAAAGUUUAUGGGAAAGAACUGAAGUUUUUGAAUAUAAAACGGACAAUGGCGUAUUUUAAUGAAAAGAAGAAAUCACCAGUCAUAGCAACUUUAACUCCUCCCACAUCGAAAUCAACGACUGUUUACUAA